ACCGGAAGUGCUCAUUUCAAAACCGUGGAAUAACAAGCCGGGCUGCAGCCAUUCGUAGAACGGGUUCAUUUAUGUCUCCUUUAUUAGUCAACAAUUUUUUAUAGAGAUAUUUCUUAAUAAACGCAAUGUUAUUUUAUUUUUUUACCAUUAGACGUAUUUCAAACGGAUUUUUAAAAAUACUAAUGUAACAAUAAAUCAACUGAACUGUUUUGCGAUAAUCGAAGCUGACGAGCUAUCAGAAUAUAUGGAGGUGAAUCCGAAUGAUUUAGAGACAAAAACGCCUCAUAAAGGUCUAUUUUGUCCUCAACCCGGGAAUUUAACCAGGGAAAAUGCUGACUCGCCAAGUGUUGCCGUUGCUGCUGAGGAUUUGCCCUCAGAUGUUGGUGUGGCACCUCCUGCAGAAAAAGCGGACCUGCUGUCACUGCCGCUGGAAGCGAUGAGCCACAUCGCCUCCUACCUUCCCGCUCACACUGUCAUCCACGACUUACCAAAGGUCAGCCCCUUUUUGAAAGUUUUGCUUGAAGACACAACUGCCUGGCAGCUCCGUGCACAGAGACUUACCGCACAUCAAACUUGCAUUCCAGUUCUGCUGAAAAAAAUGAUGGACUGGCCCUCAUUUUGCUUGGAAAUGGAACAGUUAGUUGACACUUGGGCAGAAAAACCUCUAAGUGGAGAUGUUUUAAUGCAGUCUGUCCUUGAGGGAGAGCAAGGAGCCACACUGAGAGAGAAUCCAGAAGGAGCGGAGAACGGUGCGGGCUUACCUGAGGGGGACCUCGAUGCCAAAGUGAGGCGAUGCCAUCUAGAGGACUUGGAAAUAGACAAUAAUUUUCUUUCUGGAGAAAAUAAGGAAACUAUGCCCCAUCAAGUUUCAAAAAGCUCUAGUGAAACUCCAGCACUGGAGCAUAUUGUCCUACCCUCAGCCCACAUUGCACAGGUUAACUCAAUCCUAUUCCUUGGUGGCGAAGGGGCAAUCUGUGCCACAGCUUCCAGAGACUGGAGUGUCAAACUGUGGGAUGUGAAAACAGGCCCUAAUGGAGCUCUGUUGUACUCGUUAGCAAGUAAGGGUGAAACACAGAGCCAUCGCGGCUGGGUCAGUUGUCUAGCAUCCAUAGGACCUCUAUUAGCCUCAGGGAGUUUUGACUGCACAGUUAAACUGUGGGAUAUAGAGGCAGGCGGUGCACAGACAUGUCUGAUUGGGAAUGCAGCUCCCAUCUUCUCCUUGUCCUCUCAAAGCAACGUGCUGCUUGCAGGUACCUUUGACAAGAAGAUCAACAUGUAUGACAUUCGAGCUGAAGCCACCCUGAUCAAAACCCUCAGGUAUCAUAAAAAAGCUGUAACCUGCAUAGUCGCUGACGACAAUCACAUCAUCUCUGGGAGUAUAGACAGCACUGUUGUUAUCUAUGACCGCAGGGCAGAGAAAAUCUUGAAGAGAAUUGUGCUGAAGCAUUAUCCGAUGCGCAUGAGCUAUGACGGCUGCGUGGUCUGGGCGGGAGACUGUAAAGGCCUGCUGCACGCCUUUUACAUGAACGCGGACCAAUGGGAAAAAAAGACUCAGUUUGACGUGGGGCACCAUGCUGUCAUCACUGGAAUCCACAGUUCACCAUCAAGCCUUUACACCUGCUCAUCUGAUCGUACCUUUAAGGUACAUAUUCCUUCUGUUUCCCCUAUAACUGUACGUACUUUGAAGUAUAAAUCUCCAGUCAGUGCAGUGUGCGCAGAGGCAGGGGUGGUUGCAGUUGCAACUGGAGAUGCUAGCGUGAAAGUCUGGAGACCCAGAAAAUGAGAUGGGAUCAUCUGCAUGUUAGUUUUUCGUUAGGGUGGGACUGUUUGUGUGGUGCACACACAUUCAAACGUAAACCACUGCAAGCAUUUCCAACAUAGAUGGAAGGAAAAGGGCUUUGCUCUGCAGCAUGCUGGAGUUGAAAUCGUGGCAUGUUGGAAGCACUUCUGACUCCUCUGCAUUGACCUUUGAUUGGGUUUUGUUAUUUUUAAACAGACGAAGAUGCUUUGAGUCUUAGACCGGUUGGAAAACUUGAAAACACAUGAAGACGGCACUUGAAGCAGCAGCAAACCGGCUGACUAUUAUUGAUUUCUAAAUGUAAAAAUAAAACAAGGAGAGAGAGAGAGGGAGGCUGAUUUCUUCACAAAAAGUCAAUUUAGUUUGUUAACAGAGUUGUGUCAUCUUAUUUAAUUGAAGGCAACUUGGUAUCAUUUCAGAAACUUAUUUUUUUUACAAUGUAAUUUUCAUGUAAAUAUGUUUUUUUUUGUUCUGUUAUCUUGUACUGAAAUCCUUUACAUGGCACUUUAAAGUGUUGUGUGUGCCGAUGUAUAUUACUUAAUUUAUAACAGAUUUCUAUUAUUUCAUUAUUGUAACACCACAGCUGAAACAUUUAUAAAAAUAAGUGAUUGUAUUUAUAAAUUAUUAGUCUAAAAAAAUGACCCAAUACUGAGAUUGUUUUGUUUCCCUUCUGUACACUGAAACAAAAAACGUUUUGUAUCUCAAUUGUCUGAUUUCUUGGCUUGUUUCAUAGACGACAUGUUCUUGUUAGUCAGGUAGGUGAGGCACUUGUUUUUGUAAUAUUGACUACUUUGUUCCUUGACUCACCUAGGGUCAUGACAGAAAGAAAGGUCCCAAAUACAAGCGGCUGAAAUGAGCUUCCUCCGUAGGGUGGCUGGACGCUCCCUUAGAGAUCGGGGGAGAAGCUCUGUCACCCGCAGAGAGUUUGGAGUAGAGCCGCCUCGGGGAGCCCCCAGAGGAGCUGGAGAAGGUGGCCGGGGUGAGGGAAGUCUGGGCAUCUUUGCUUAGACUGCUGCCCCCAUGAGCUGGUACCGGAUAAGCGGAAGAAGACUGAUGGAUGGAUGAGUACUUUAGUGAAGUGGGACAGUUGUUUUUCUUUGGUUCACUUCAGCUGUUAGAAGUAUCAAAGCAGGAGUACUCACAUUUAAAAAACAAACAUGUGAAUUAAAGUUUUAGAAAUGUUUUCUGGCUCUCCCACAAGCGUAAAGCUCCUCUCAACCUCUACCUAAUAUAACCAGUAAAACGAAAAUGGUGAGUAAUAUUUGAGCUAUCCAGUCUGGAGCCAGAUGACGGCUCAGACGAGGGAAACGAUCUGGAUCUAGUCGUCUUGGAUGCAUCAGAAUGAAGAGGACCAGGGAGCUUGUGGCUCACAGUUCUACGUCACCGCUACAAGCUUUUUCCAAAGGCAUUUUUGUCUGUGCUCCUAAUUCACAGUGAUUUGAAUAAAGAAAUACUCAAAAUGCA